UUCAUUUUUGUAGAGUUAAUUAGAUGGAAGAUUACGAAUAAACCCCACAUAUUAUGAAUAAACGCGCUUUACUAAUUAAUAAUAACAAAAUCGCGUCGAGGGCAGAAGUAGGAAUUAAGCAAGUAGACAGACGCAUUAAAUAAAAGUUGCGUUUCUCUGUGCCAGCACAAUAGCACAUUGUUCGUUGCUUCACUGCUCAAGCUCCCUCUUCAUAUCUUUUUGCAGUUUCUUCUUUCUCGCGUUGAUUCGGUUUCUUUUUUUUUUUUUUUCGAUUGUCGACUAAGUGUUCGACGAAAUGCCUGAACGAUGCUCUCGUUCAUAAGCUCUUCCUACACCCACAUUCCAAACUCCCACCACGUCUUCCCGUCUUUGAACACUCCUCUCGUCCCCUCUUUGAUUUUCGAGUAUAACCCCAAGAAAAGGGACUACAGAGCUGCGAUUUCGAGCCGGUAUUUGGGUUUUACAGAAGCGAGGCGGCCGGGGAAUUUUCAGAGAUAUCUUGGUGAUUCUUGGCGUUGCUGGUGUAAUCUGAGUGGAGGGGACGCGGAAUUGGAGGCGGAGAUAAUGGAUUUCAUGGCGAAAUCCGAGAAGCCGGCGAUGUUUCCGACCAGGAAAGAGUUAAUCGCCGCCGGCAGAAUCGAUUUGGCGGAGGCUGUUAAGAAGAGGGGCGGGUGGUUUUCGCUCGGUUGGGAAGAAGAAAAUGUGGGCGAUGAUAAUGUUGAGGAAGCCGUGGAUUUUGAUGUCGGGGAGUUCCGUAGGAGAGUUGAGAGCUGUAAAGAGAGUGCUUCUAUGAGAGAAAAGGACGAUGAUUCUUUUUCUCGGGGUGACGAAGAAGAUGGCUUUUCUGACGAGGUAAAAUCGGAAAAUGGAAAUCAGGAUUCUCUGCAAUCGGCUGAUUCGUCGUCGUUGAGUAAAUCAAUGCUUAGGGAAUUUGGUCCUGAUGUAGAUUCCGGGAUUGAGGGUAUAUUGAGUAGAUUGGAGAAGCACAGGAAUAGCAAUUUUGGAAUCGAUUUAGGCAAAAAUGGAUAUGAAGCUCAUGCCGAAAGUAAAGAGGAAGCAGAUGCCAUGCAUUUAGGUGUUGCUGUCAGGACUGACAUUGGAGAAAAUGGUAGCCCAAACGACGAACCAGAAACUUGGAGAACUUGGAGCCAUAAGCGAGCAGGGCUCCAAAAGUUUGAAGCUGCUGAGAUUUCUUUCGGCAAAAAUGGAGUGGAAAGUGAUAAAGAAAUUUCUCAUGAUGGAAUAACCGUAACCACUGAAAAACCCGCAGAGAUGAAUUACAAUCAAAUACGAGCUCGUCUUCCGUCUGAACUUACAACAACUCUUCAUUCCAUAAGAUCUAAAAGGGAGGAUCACAUUUCACGGGAGGUAACUGCAAAUUCUAGUGAUUUGCGGAAGUUUUCUGAUGCAUGGGAGUUCCAAGAAAACGAGUUCAUGAGAGCUAAAGAGCGAUUGAGAUCUAUAAAAGCCAAUCUAGCUGUACUCGAGGGGAAAAUGGCAUUAGCAAUAAUUGAUGCGCAAAAGCUAGUCGAAGUGAAGCAGAAACGGAUAGACGGUGCCCAUAAAGCUUUGCAACUUCUCAGAAGCACCUGCAUAGUUUGGCCUAAUUCAGCUUCCGAGGUUCUAUUAGUCGGUUCUUUCGAUGGAUGGACAACUCAGAGGAAGAUGGAGAAAUCAAGAACAGGCGUCUUUUCUGUGCGCUUAAUGCUGUAUCCAGGGAGAUACGAGAUCAAGUUUGUCGUUGACGGUGUUUGGAGAAUUGAUCCUCUGCGGCCCAUCACCAAGAACCACGGGCAUGAAAAUAACGUUUUCGUUGUGAAAUGAACGCACAAUUUUGCAUACAAUAGGAAGAAUGUUUCUGCACAGAAAAAAAGAACUAUCAAGAUCUCGUGAUUCUUGCCUUGUAUUGUAACUUGGCAAUGCGAAAACCUCGACAAUUCGAUUAUCAUUAGGAAAUUCUUGAUUCUUGUGUA